AUGGUGAACGUUAAACUUUUGUUGGCAGUUUCCCUUAUUUGCGUGGCUCUGUUCAAGUCAUCUCAAGCUUACAGCAUUAAUGCCGCUCAAAUCGAUGCAAUUGAAGAUGGUGGUGACCGAUGGGUAAUGAAUCUUGCUCCUGGUAUGGACAAGCCUGAUACAGAAGGAGGAAUGCCACCUCCACCCCCAGCCGGUGGACCUCCACCACCACCUCCUCCUCCAGGCGGUCCACCAAGCGGUCCACCAAGUGGUCCAGGAGGCCCACCAAGUCCACCUGAAGGAAUGCCAAAAAAGCCAUAG